GACGUGACCGAGCAGGCAUUAACCAUUCUGAGCAUUGCCGCAAGCGCAUCACUGAUGCCUUGAAAGAAACCAUAGCUGGACAAGCCCGACUGGACCGAGAAGGAGGCGAGCCAACCGAAGGCCAAGGCAGCGCCUCCAGUGGCACAACAGAAGCCUUUAACCGUGGUGUAGCUGCUUCAGCGGCGCCACCUACAGGUCAAAAGAGGAAAAGCGAGGGUGGAGGCGACGAGCAAAGGGCUGAGGUACCACCCACUGAAGCGCGAUCAGAACCUCAGAAGCGGAAAGCUACAGAGAGCACUGAGGGUAUGAUCGAAGAGCUCACUGCACAAGAACGGGAAGAUUUCAUAGCAAGUGUUCAAGGGAAAACUAACCCUACCUGCGAUCUGGAGGACGAUCUGUGGGAGGAGAAGUUCUUCGACGAGAACACUGGCAAGCAACUGCCACUCGAAGGUGUCAAGCAAGCCCGCACGGAAGAGAUCGAAACGAUCAACACCAUGGGCGUGUGGGAGGUUAUUCCCCGUCCUCCUGGGGAAAAGACCAUCGGCGCACGGUGGAUUGACAUCAACAAAGGUGACAGCCCACAUAUGAAACUGCGUUCCCGCUUGGUGGCCCAAGAGCUGAAACGCAAGAAGGAUUACAGGGAAGGCGAGGACCAAGUGUGCGUCCUGUUCAUAGACGUGAAGAAGGCACACUUCUGGAGCCCUGUUAGGAGGCGACUUCUGGUAGAGCUACCUCCUGAAGCUGGGGAGGACAAGACAAAAGUUGGUCUGUUGAAAAGGAGCCUCUACGGAACGCGAGACGCCCCUUCCAACUGGGAACAUGCCAUUAAGGAUGUCAUGGAGUCUAUAGGUUUCAAGCAGGGAGUCUCCAACCCUUGCCUGUAUGUCCAUGAUGAGUUCUCAUUGCGCUGUAAUGUUCAUGGGGAUGAGUUCACCGUAGUCGGAAGCUACGACAAGCUUCAACGGCUCAUUAAAGAACUGAAAAAGGCCUGGACCAUAGAAGUCCGUGGUAUUUUGGCAAGGCCCGGUUCGCGUCUGCCAAAUGUGUGCCACAAGAUCUCAGUCCUCAACCAUCUAGUUUCUUGGACCGAGCACGGCAUAGAACUAGAAGCUGAUCCUAGGCGCGUAGAACUGGUGCUAGAACAGCUAGGACUUGAGAAGGCUGCUCCUGUCGCCACACCGCUGGUGAAAAGCAAAGGAGAUGAAGAGGAAGUUCCCUUGACUGACCAGGAAGCAGGAUACUACCGGUCAGUGGCUAUGAGAAUCGGUUACCUAUCAAUGGAUAGGCCGGACAUGUUGAGAACUGUCCGCGAAUUGGCGAAGGGUUUGAAAGCCCCUACCAGCUUUCAUUGGAGCUUGCUAAAGCGUGCUGCAAGAUACUUGAAGGGUGUUCCACGGCUGGUUCAGCUGAUACCCAAUCAAGAUAGCUUCAGCAUUAUCCAAUGCUGGUCGGAUACUGACCAUGCAGGUUGUGUUCGGACUCGCAAAAGCACAACUGGUUCAGUCAUCCAACUUGGCCGAUCCGUGAUCAAAGCCACAGCAAAAGGGCAAGCUGUUAUUGCGCUCUCAUCUGGAGAGGCGGAGUACUGUGGCCUCAUUUCGACGGCCAGUGCCGCUUUGGGAGAGCAAGCCAUGCUUGCUGAUUGGAACAUUUCUUGCCCAGUAUGCGUCAACAUGGACGCCACUACUGGAAUGUCCAUUGGCAGCCGAAGGGGGCUGGGAAAAGUGAAACACAUAGAUACCUGUUUUCUAUGGGUGCAGGACCUGGUAGACAGACAACGCAUUCGCCUGAAGAAGGUGAAUACAGGCGACAUGUUAGCAGACAUUAUGACGAAACCCUUAGAUGCUGGGACGAUCCGAAAAUUCCUCAGCUGA